AUGGUCCACAACAAACGCGCAAUUGAGGCGAGUGCACGGUCUCUCCUGGCCUGGCCAGUCGCAAUCAUUAGCGGCCAAGCAAGAGACUCUGAUGAAGAGCGUGCCACAGAAUGGAUAAAGAUUGAAUUUGAUCACCUCAAACGCGAUCUUUACAUCGGUCCUUUGUUGGAGAACGUUUUCAAGAAGCCGCUGGAGCAAGUCCCUAACCUCGACCCUGCGACCUACGAAGAUAUACUGGAUAUCGCGAACUGUGUGCCACGAGAGCUGAUCGAGCUGGGCCAUAAACGAUUUUAUAGUGCCGUUGCUUCAACGCUCUUGGAUCGUUCUUCCGAGUUGUUCGCUGAGGAAUUCAGAGGCCUUGGCCUUUUUUACCUUUAG